CAACAAUAUCUAACAUUUCCAACAUUAGGUGCCAGUGACCAAGGCAAUCUCGCCGGAGAAAGAUGACAACCUCUAACUGGAGGAUCGUAGGAUCCACAGCGCCUGCGGUCUUCGGAGGAAAGGACUGGGCGAUCUUACCAACAAAUAGAGCUCCACCUUUACUAAUCCAGAUGAAAAGGGAGGAAGAGCUGAGCCAAAAAGCAUUGAGGACUCAAACUGUUUCAAGAAGAAACACAAUGCUAUAUAUGGCUGUUUCAGUUCUUGGUGUCUCAGCUGAACCUGCUGAAGCUCGCGUUGGGAGAGUUGAGAACAAGAGAAAAGCCAUGGAGAAGCUUCAGAGACUAAGGGAGAAAGCACUGCCAUCAGAAAAGGAGAAAAACAUUGCCACUCCUUCGCUCCCAAAUCGCCGGCAAAAUGCAAUUAAACCUCUGGUUGAAGUAUCUCUUAUUCUAACUCAAUGAUAAGUUCGUCCCAUUGGAUGAUUUGUUGGUACAGCACUUAAAUGUCCAAGUGACCUAUGUUAGCAUUUAUCAUAAUCGACAAAUGACAUUGCUUCUUAAAUUUC